AUGCAGGAAGUGGUUCUAUGUGCUGCUGCACCCCAGACCCCUGGCUCUGGUUCAGGUGCAAUCGUUCUACAUGACGUCCAGACUGGUACCUCGCUUGCUUCCUUCAAACAAUCAAAUUCUGGACCACACUGCAUAUCAUUCGUCGAAACGCGCGAUGGCCAAGGAGGAUUCAUACUUGCGGCACAACAAGAGAAAUCAGUUCUAAACGUCUACAACUUCCAAAAAGACCAACUCGCUUUUAAAAUAAUCCUUCCUGAAAAGCCUUCCUGCCUUGCUGUGGAUACUUCGGGAACUUUCUGCGCGGGAGGGACAAGCCAAGGCCGAAUCUAUCUCUGGGAGGUCGCAUCAGGCAUCUUGUACAACUCCUGGGACGCCCACUAUCGCCGCAUCAAUGUCCUCAAAUUCACCCAUGACGGUGCUGCUCUUAUUUCAGGUAGUGAAGAUUCUGCUGUUAGCAUUUGGUCCGUGGCAAGACUCGUCGACGAUGACACGCAAAACGAGCUUCCGACCCCAUAUUGUACGCUAUCAGACCACACCCUACCAGUAAAAGACAUCGUUUGCGGUCUCGGCGCAUUCCCUACUUGUCGCGUGCUCACCGCGUCCCUCGAUCAUACUGUAAAGCUCUGGGAUCUGUCUUCUCAGUCGCUGUUGACUACCUUCCACUUCCCUAAACCCAUAUCAUCAACAGUUUGGGACAUCACCGAACGCUUGUUUUUCGCUGCUUCACUGGAUGGCUCCAUAUACCAGGUCAACCUUUUCCGCCAGCGAACCGAAAAACACGCUGGUCAGACAAUCGAAGCCGUCGGAGGCGCAGGCGUCAGCGAUCUCAUCCGUGUCGCCGACGAGGACAGCAAUAGUCGAAAGUGUCUCAUAACAGUCGGCCAACCAAUAACAGUUCUCACCAUCUCCCUCACCAGCUCUCUUCUUCUUGUGGGCACUUCCACGGGGCUCAUCCACAUCUACGACAUUGCUUCCCACCAGCUCCUUCGCACCAUCUCGACGUACAAGGGCAUGUCAAUAUCCCAUCUCGCGACCAUGCUCAAACCGCCUGACCUUGUCGGACACAUCAGCCUGUCCCUCGGUCUUGGAAGUUCCGCCGAUGCGAAAGAUAUCAUUCCUAUGCGCCCUGUCGUGCCGUUCCACCGCAUAAAAGAUUCAAAGUUAAGGGAGGCGCACGAAGUGACAAUGAUGCUUCCCGUGCAGGACGAGACCCCUGGAGGCAUACCAAGCGCUUACGAUUACCCCGAGGCCGACUUUCAACGAGAUUACGCGUUUUUCGUACAACCGAACGCGAUUAGCACCUCGGAAGCAUCGAGUGCGCGCGUUGCUAGUCUUGAAGCUGAGGUAGAGAACUUGCGAGAACAACUUUGGAAGGCGAAGGGGAUUAACGACGUGAUGUGGGAGACGGCUGUGCGGAAAGUCAUGACGCAGGAAAAACGAGAAGCGAUUGUGGAAGACUAG